AAUUUAUUAGACUAAAAAACAUAAAUAAGUUUAAAAUCAAAAUUAAUAAUAUGCCUUAACAAUUAAACGAAUAAUUACUAUAAAUUGAAGAAGAAACAUUGAGACUGCUUUUAGAAAGAUAUCCUUUUCAAUUUAAAAUAAUCAACAACAUUAACAUAACCUAACCUAACCUAACCUAAAGAAAGGUUAAUUUAUAAGAAAUAAUGUCAGAAUUUAGUCAAAUUAAUACAGUUUUAGCAAAUUGCCUAAAUUGGGCGAUGUGUCAUUACAUCAACGAUAAUUACGGAAGGGCUUUUGCUCAUUUGAUGACAUUAUUCGAAAUAGAACCAAGUUUUUGUAGCACUUACAGAGCGGAGUUUGUGUAUUCAUUGAAACAAUGGGGUUUAAAAUUAGAACGAGAUAAACGUCUCGACGAUGUUCGAAUGUGUUAUAUGGAUGCUUUAAAGUAUUACCCAACCGAUACAGAAAUCAUAAAAAAUUAUGUUGUUCAUUUAAUGAGAAUGGAUAAUUUGGAUAAUGGUAUUCGGGUGACUAGAUAUAUAUCAGAAAUUUCUUCAAAAGGAUUAAUUUACAAAAGAAUUGUUGAUUUAGUGAAACUUGAGAUGGUUUCAAGGUGGCAUUUCCGUAUGGUUAAUGAUUAUGAAAGAAAUAUGGCUUAUUACAAAGCUUUAUUAUCCCAUAGUAAUGAAAAAACCAAUAAAUUAAAAGUAAUUGAUCUUGGGGCUGGAUCAGGACUUUUAUCAUUAUUUGCAUCAAAUAGUCCAGAUGUGGGUGAGAUUUAUGCUAUCGAAGGUGAAGAUGCAUUAGCUGAAAUUGCUAAAAGUAAUAUUAGAGGGAAUUAUUUAAAUAAUGUAUCUGUGAUAAAUAAAUUAUCAAGUGAUUUAAACGAAAAUGAUAUAAAUGGAAGAGCUGAUUUGGUUGUUACUGAAAUUUUUGAUGGGGCCCUUUUUGGGGAAAGAUGCUUAACAACUUUAACACACGCUUGGAAAGAACUUUUAAAAGAAAAUGCUAAAAUAAUUCCAAAUUCCUCGAAUCUUUUUAUUAUGGGGGUUAAAAGUCAUGACUUAAAUAAAAGAAUUCGAGUUUUAAAAAAUAUACCUUUGUUAAAAAACUCUAUCAUAAUAGGAAAAAAUAAUGAUCCUUAUGAAGUUGAUAAUUUAAAAAUGAUUCAACACAAACAAAUAACUGAAAUAAAACAGUUUUUAAGCGUUAAUUUUUGUUGCCCAACUCAAUUAGAGAGUUUAUUACACGGCGAAAUUUGCGAAUUUAAUUUAAAAUGCAUUUGUGAGGGCGAAAUAAACGCUUUUGUGAUUUGGUUUGAUCUUAAUUUGGAUGAUCACAUUAAAAUUACGACGAAUCCGUACGUUGAAAAUGUUAAGUGUUGGGAACAAGGUUUGUUUUAUAUCGAUUUUCCAAAGGUUUAUCAAAAAGAUGAUGAAAUAAAUUUGAAAUUUUCUUGUUUUGAUAAUCGAUCAACUUUAAAUAUUACCGACCAACAAUUAAUUCCUGAACAUUUCCAAGUUAACUUAGAAAUGAUUACGUUUUUAAAUGAUCCAAUCAUGACUGAGACAAUCACAAAUUUAGCUAAAAUGUUUUAUGGCUCGUUUCAUUCCGUUUUGGAUUAUUUUAAUUUUCCAUUGUUUGGGUUAUUACUUGCCAAAAAUGGUUGUAAUAGUCACAUUUUAUCACCAAAUGAAAACGAACAAAUUUUAAUCGAUCAUUUAAUUAAAAUCAAUAAUAUUUCUAACAUUCAAUAUUUAAGUGAUGAUAAAAAAAAUGAUUUUGACGAUUUCGACACGAUUUUAUUCGACGUAAUAAACGUAAAUGGUACUUUAGAUAGCGAUAUUUAUAAUUUAUUAUGGAAAAAUCAUUCAAAUCAAAAACAAAUUUUUCCAAAUCGUAUUAAAUUAAUUUUCCAAUUAAUCGAAUCUGAUUAUUUAAAUUAUUGUAGUCGUGCUAACGACGAUAAUUCGUUCGCUUUUAAAAUAGCCAAUCAAUUAAAUACAUUUGCUAUCGAUGAACAUUGGAUGUUUGAUAUGAAAACAUCCCACGAGAAAUUAACGAAAAAGUUUGAAUUGGAUAUAUUGCGAGACGAUGAAGAGCCAUUAAUUAGUGAACAUUUGAUUCAAGUUAUUCAAAAAGGAAGAACUCACGGCGUUUUGUAUUGGUUUGAAUUAUAUUUUGGGGAUGAUUUGAAAAUUAAUACUCUUCAAAGUGAAUAUUAUAAUAAAGCAUGUUUUUUAUUAGACAAAAAUGACAUUGUGUAUGAGAAUAAUUACGUUAAAGUAUCGGUAAGACAACAUAGAGGCAAUUUGAAGAUUUCUUUAAAUACUUUUGGUGAUUUUGAAAAUAAUAUUAAAACCGAUUAUUUAGUUCUUUUAUAA